UGCAGCUAUCUAUGCCUCGGCUCGAGGAUAACCAUGGACACUCGCCGUGUCAAGGUGUCGACAUGCCAUUGCACAUGCACACAAUCCGUUCUCCUUUCCAGCGACUGACCUCCAGCAACCCACCUUUCUUCCUUCGCACACCCAUAACUCCGUGAUCAUGGCGACCCUCAUCCGCCCACCACCUGUGAACGAGAACCAGUCUCACAUCGAGAAUGUCCUCGAGCUGACCGAACUGACCGACAUCGACCCGGAUCUGUUCACGAACACCCGGCCUAUGUGGCAUCCGCCGGGUGCCAGAGGCAUCUUCGGCGGUGCUGCCAUUGCGCAAACCCUCAGUGCGGCUCAGAAGACGAUCCCUGCAGACUUCACGGUGCACUCGAUGCACUGCUAUUUUGUGCUGGCUGGAAACGCUGAGAUACCCAUCAUAUACCAUGUCGAGAGAGUACGAUCAGGCAAGUCGUUUGCGACAAGAACCGUGCAGGCCCGACAACGGGGCAAGGUCAUCUUUACCACGACUAUGAGCUUCGUGCGGCAAAAUAGCGGAGGGGAGAAGCUGGUCGAGCACACGUACCCCAUGCCAGACGUACCGGAUCCAGAAGAAGGAAUGGAUGACUUGGACACUCACGGCAACGACAAGGGUCCGUUCCAGAGCCAGCGGCUGGAAAUUUUGAAUGACAACUCCCCGUUUCCUCACACCAAGAAGUGCAGGCAGUGGAUGAAAGCACGCGGCACCAUAUCUCCCGAGGGCGGACACGAAGCUCACCUCUCCGCCAUCGCAUACAUGUCAGACAGCUACUUCAUCGGCACUAUUGCCCGUGUCCACAAGCUCUGGCGGUACUCUACACAACGCAAAAACAAGUCCAAGUCCAGCAUCGACGAGGACGUCCUCAAGAAGCUGCUCGCCAUGGACGACGCAGAACUGAAACGCCAGAAAUUCCUAGACGAGGCAGACAUAAAGCGUAUACAGAGGGUAAGGAACGGCGAAAGCCUAAGGAAGGACAACACCCCAGAGAUCGGCAUGAUGGUCAGCCUCGACCACACCAUCUACUUCCACAACCCUCGAAACUUUAGGGCAGACGAGUGGAUCUUCACAGAGAUGGAGACAACCUGGGCUGGUGAUGGCCGCGGUCUUGUCUUCCAGAGGAUGUAUACUCGCAAUGGCACUCUUAUCGCCAGCUGCGUACAAGAGGGACUGGUUCGAUUGAAACAGACUGACGGCACACCCAAACUUUAGACGGGGAUGAUCUACUCAUGUACAGCAUGUAAUUGACAUUUGAGCGAUAUGUCCAGCUCCUUCGCGUAUACUAGUUAGCUUUGAUACCACAACUAC